GCCCAUCACAGCUCUACUUCGCCACUCUGUCUUUUGAUGCAUGCCAGCCACUGGUUGCACUGGUCUCUUGCGCCUACCGUCAUGUCGAAUUCCACCUGCAGCUACCGAUUCUCCUCUGAGGGGGGCCGGUUUAUCGACUAUAUAGAGGCUGCUCGCGCAAGUCCUCAGUCCAAGCUGACCACGCAGCCCAAUCUCGGCCUGCUAGACAUCGUACACGAGAGUGACGAAGGCUCAUCAGGCGAGGACCAAGGCUGGGGUGGGCUUGCUCGCUACGUCCAACACUGUAAUGACAAGAGAGAACCUGGAGUAUCAUACAAAGUAUUGUUGGUCGUGCGACAUGGUCGUGGCGUCCAUAACGUUGUGAUGGACGAGGUUGGCUCAGCUGAAUGGAAGAGACACUGGUCUAAACUAGACGGCGAUGGAAAUCGCACUUGGUUCGACGCGGAGCUAGUUGGCGAAGGAGUUGAGCAAGCGAAAGCCCUCGGCACUUUAUCAUGGAAGGCGUCAAACACAAGAACUUCCCUGUCCCUGAUGCCCUAUGCACCAGCCCACUAG